AAGCAAUUGUUUGCAAAUGUGUUGUGAAUUAAAGCAAUGAAUCGCGUAUUGAAAGCAUUUCAUUCAUAUAAUGGCUAUAAUUAUAUGAGAAAACUAUUUACUAAUGAAUUGAAAGUUUUAAACAAAACUCAAUUCAAUAGAAGUUAUGGUUUUUUAGUGAAAAAUGACAAUCAAUUGAAUUCAAAGCACUUAUGGUUGCCUUCAAUUGCAUUAUCCAAACACUAUUCAACCGCAAAGACUGACACUAAAGCCCAACCAUUGAACACAUUGAGCGACAAUGAAGUGCAGUCAUCGAAGUCCAAGAAACGAAUCCCAAGGAAGCGGGCAAUGGUUGACGUAAACGCCGACACACUUUCGCCAAUCCUUGCCUUCAGUACUGCCGAAGAAUACGACUUCGAAGAGUUGGCCAACGGUCUCAAAGGGCAGGGUUUGUAUGAUUUGAUGCCAUUCGACGGCGAAACCGAUGAUGUGCUUCACUUUCGGGCCAAAUAUGAGAUCAAUAAUAUCCGCAGAGAGUUCUUUGUCUUCAGCACAAAAUCAAGACUACAAAAGGGUUUAAUACAUUUGACUAAUAAUAAUAAGGGAAUCGAAACUGAUUUAGAAAGAUAUACCUUCUCUGAUGCGAUCGCACUCUCCGUUAAGUUAUCGAUUUGGGAGUCACUGAUGGAGCGGUAUAUUCAGAGCAUUGAGUUUGUGAGCCAAGAUAUGAAAGAGUCGAAACUGAAACUAAGUCGGGAUCAGGUGUUCCGCAAGACUGGAGAGUUGUUUGAUCUGAAACACCGAAUCAACUUAAGCUCUGAUCUGUUGGAUACGCCGGACUUCUAUUGGGAUCGACAAGAACUCGAGCGUCUGUUUGUGGACACAAUCUAUUUCUUGAAUAUUAAGAAACGGACUAAUGUUUUGAACGAAAAGCUCAAUCAUUGCAUAGAAUUAAUGGAGUUAUUGUCCAAUAAUCUGAAUCAUAGCCACAGCGCAAAGCUUGAGUGGAUGAUCAUCGUUCUCAUCGUGGUUGAGGUCUAA